AUGUCAUCUCGAGCUCUUCGUAAAAUACCAUCGCUAUACUCGAUACGUCCAAUCUGUUAUUCAUCAAGUAGAAAUCAUGUCACCACACCUGUCAAACAACCGCUCAGUCACCCAAUUGAGACUGAUUCCAGUCAACCCAAAACACACUUUGGUUAUAAGGAAGUACCUGAAUCAGCAAAGAGCACGCUCGUAGUGAAAGAAGUCUUUAGCUCGGUUGCAUCGUCGUAUGACAUCAUGAAUGAUGCAAUGUCAUUAGGUAUUCAUCGAUUAUGGAAGGAUCAUUUUGUCAAAAGUCUCGAUCCACAUGGACCUUUGAAUUGUUUAGAUGUUGCAGGUGGAACUGCAGAUAUUGCACUUAGAAUCUUGGACCAUGCUCGAUUGGUUCAUUCGAAUCGAGAAACCAACGUCACUAUCCUAGAUAUCAAUCCAGAAAUGUUAAUCGAAGGACAAAAGAAAGUCAAUCGAACCAUGUAUUACGGUGGUAAUCAAGUUUCAUUCAAAUUAGGAGACGCUCAAGAUCUCUUAGGUAGCGCUGGUAUACCUGAUGAUUCUAUGGAUCUUUAUACCAUCGCUUUUGGGAUUAGAAAUUGUACCAAGAUUGAAGAUGUGUUAAAAGAAGCUUAUCGUGUACUCAGAAAAGGUGGAAGAUUCAGCUGCUUAGAAUUCGGCAAGGUUGGGAACCCAGCUCUAGCCAGUCUAUAUGAAACCUACAGUUUCAAUGUGAUUCCUAAUCUCGGUCACAUUCUUGCGGGCGAUCGGGAUUCAUAUCAAUAUUUGGUCGAAUCAAUAAGAAAAUUUCCAACUCAAACUAAAUUUGCUCAAAUGAUAGAAGAUGCCGGCUUUCAAGUAUCAAGUCGAAAAAGAUGGGAGGAUCUCAGCUUUGGUGUUGCUUCGAUUCAUAAUGGAAUCAAAGUUUAA